CGUCAUUCGGAUGUGUUGGAUGUGGGUUUUUUUUUACCGAAAGUUUUUAUGAAUUCAACAUAAAUAAAUAUGUGACAUGCUUUUGAAAUAUUUGCAGGGAAGCAAGGAACCAGUAAUAAUCGGGGGUUACGCAGAAUAUGGGCCUAAACGCCGCAGUCCAAGCGCUGAAGAAAGCUGAACCUUUAAAAGACAAGGUUCAACGGUACAAGGAUUUGCUAACCGACAACGAUGCUUGGGUGUGCCAGCAGCAGCUUCAGAAGAUCUACCAGCAGGUGUUGAUUCUGGACCUUGAGUAUGCCCUCGACAAGAAGGUGGAGCAGGAGCUCUGGAACCUGGGAUUCAAGAACUACAUAGUUCUCCUCCAGAAUCAGGCUAAAGAUCGAAAGAGUCCAAAACGUUUAGAGUCUCAGGCACUGCUGAGCUGGUACCUGGAGGCCGCCUCUGGCUUUUAUCUGACUCUUCUCCAGGAAAUUUGCACAGCAUUCGACCUAGACCUUCCAUUUCGUCGCAAGGGAUAUAUAUAUGGCUGUAUUUCCCCUUGGAAAGCCAUCGAGAACCUCUCGACACCCCACAAAUCUUCUUGUUUCUACGCCUGUCAGUACUGUCUCGUUCACCUGGGGGACAUCGCCAGAUACAGAAACCAAAAUCGUCAGGCUGAAUUAUUUUACAGACAUGCUGUCUUUCUGUCACCCUCCAGUGGACAGCCUUACAACCAAUUGGCACUUCUCGAGGCAUCCAGGGGCGACAAAUUGGGAACAGUAUUUCAUUACGUUCGUUCUGUUGCUGUCAAACAUCCUUUUCCAGUUGCCACUUCCAACUUGGCAAAGACACUGUCAUCAGCCCUCAAUGAUCAUCCAUUUACCACCAGUGGAAAGGCAAAAUUAAAUUCCCAGGAGUACACAUCACUCUUCCUGAAACUCCAGGGUAUUCUCCAGACACUUGGUGACCUACAACUGGCUAAAGUCUACGUUAAAAUUCUGUCUGACACUUUGACAGCUCUCGUGGCGACUGAGAGCUUUACCUCGUGGAGGCUCAUCCAGAUGCUGAUCAUUAAUAUGUACUCGCUGUAUCAUACUGCUGGUCAUACUUUCGAGGGUCACAUGGAUCUGAUGAAAGUCGACCAGCUGUCCCCUGACGAACAGACAGCCAGAAAUUGCAUUCUCGAUUUAAUCGCUGCUAGUCUCUCAGCUCUACUGCUACCAGUUUACACACUUAAAAAUUCUUACAUCGAGUACUUUGCUCUACCGAGCAUUAAACUCCUUCUGGAAUGGAUCUGCCAGCAACCGAUGAUCCUCGAGGACAUUACUUUUUCCUCGAGGCUCCAGAUCUGGCCCAGUUUGUGUGUAUUGCUGAAUGGAUUGCAGAAUGGGAUCAGUGAUUUCGAUGAAGAAAACUUCACCAAGACUCCACUCCCUGAGGAUCGUGAUCUCCAGGGAUUUUUACCUCUGGAAAAAACCUUCGACUCACUGAGAUUCUGUAAUAACGACCUGGAGGGUGAUAUCAUCUCCAUAAACAAACUCAGAGCUGUGAGAAUUAUCAAUUUGGGGAGACGUCUGGCUCAGUGUCAGGUUAACGGAAGAACUCUGCUGAAUGUCACUUGCAUGGACAACAACAAAAUUAAAUUUACAUGUGUGUCAGAUGCCUCUGGACCUAGCAACGAGCUUAUGAAGGAGUUAGAAGAAUUGAGUCUCAAUAAAGAGAGACAGAUCAGUUUUACUGCCAGUCCUGUUCCCUCAGAGUCAGCAAGCAGCAAAGGCUCGUCAGAGGCAGAAAUCACUGAGCAAUCUUCCUUUGCGCAAUCUACAUUCGCGAAGAAAGUUGGAAUUUUGAAGUCUCAAGGAGUUGUAGAACGAAAUCGAGACGUAUGCAAUCCGAUUAAUUACGAAGGUCAGAACAAUUCCAAUGAAAUGAAUGGUGCCUUGACAAGAAAGACUCGACAGAAUAUCGCAAUGCAGGCUAUCAUGAGACGAGUUGAGAACGAGCAGAAGCAGGUGACCUUCAAAAAUGUAUCACCCAUGAGUGUUGAAGAGUUAGAGGUGAAGAAAAAUCUGGAGCCUGAUUACUUCAACAGUUUGAAAACGUUUGAAACUCCAACGGCUGUGAGGAAUCCACAGCCUCCAACAUUGCCACCGGUACCAAUUCCUCCAAUAGAAACUCAACAUCCAGUCCAGUGUUUUCAGGGUGAUCAGAAGAGUCUUCAGCCCCAAUUUCGUGCCUCUGAAUUCACUACAGGGCAGCUCGAUAAGAACUUUGGCUUCAACGUGAUGCCCCACGUACCUCAAUUUCCUCCGAGGCAAUUUAACCUGCAGCAGGUGGUGACGAAUAUCCAAGGGCCACCACUGGCAAAACCAUCUCCUAGUAAUGUCUCUCAUCCCAGCAUGAUGAUGAAUCUUCAGAGCCAUCCACAGGAAAUACCGCACCCCGGCUUUUUCGAGAGGAAUCUUCACCAGCAGAGUGUACCGGUGGGAAUGGACGUCAUCUCCUUGGGGAAUUAUCAGAAAAAUGGUAAAGGAUUUCAGGUGGACAUGCCGUAUUUCAAACCAGGACAGAUGGAACAAUUCCAGCAAAAACCACUUCACAUUAACGAUUCGGCAGUUCUCCAGCAACCCAAUUACCAGAUGUACCGAAGUCACGAGGUGGACUACAAUCCCUGGAAGGACCCCCAGCCCCCACCACCUCCAAUGUCCUGGUGGGGUAGCACUGACAAGGAUAAACCAGAGAGAGAUGCCUUCCAGAGCUGGGUAAAUCCUCCAGUGGUACGAAAUCAGCUGUCAAUGGCUGACAAUUACUACGAGAAGAGUCAAAUCGAGGAGAGCCGAGGCUGCGACAUUGAGCAGAUGAAGAGACCUGUCAAUACCCCGAACACAUACUCAUUGUUCAGUGAAAAUUCCUGGGGAGCAGCUGUUCAAAGCUCGAACCUUGCUUUAGAUCAACCAAAACCUCGAUUGAGUCAACAGUCCCUGUGGUCCGGACCUGGCCCAUCACCUCUGGAGCGUCUCCUCGAGCAACAAAAAUCAUUACGAGAAGGUGGCACUUGAAGGAAACUUUGAUAUAUCCUGAGGAUACUGGGUUAUAAAGUUAAAAAAAAUAAUAAGACGAAAAAAAAUGCAAAAAAAUUACCACUAAAGAUUCUGAUUCUAUUAAUUACAAAUUAAUGCCGAUAGCUAGGCAACGAUCGACGUGGAGAGAACGGAUAGAGGCAAAAUUAUAAUUACAUAACUAAUGGGUGUUGGUGACUUAGAGGAUGAGACGUAAUGACUUGAGUGGAACAAUAUUAAUGUGAAAACAAUGGCGCCAGGCAUCGAGAUCCAACCGAGUUAAUCUGGGUGAGAAAAAAAAAAUAAAUAAAAAAUCUCGGUAAAUACGAAAAUAUAGUGAUAACUAUGAAAAGUGCACUUGAUACAGUCCAUCACCAUCUCAAUGCACAAUACCUCUUAAGUUCAGUCGAGGCUGCUUGAAAAUAAAUGAGAGGAUAUCGAUGAUGGUAAAUAUAUGUGAAGAAUAAAGGAAAAGAAAAAGCGCUGGAGCAGAAUCAUAUUAAAACGUCAGAGCCAGUCCCCUUUUUGGUUGGCCCCUCCCUUCUAUUACCUACACUUGGAGUAACAUUCUAUCAACUCAGAACAAAGCGUCUCAAGCGGCUGGAGACUCAAGCCUAUUGUUUAGUUUCUUUAAGUUAAAACUGCAAGAAACGUGAAAUAAUUGGGUUUUGCUUGGCAAAUAAAAUGGUUUUGUUUGGUUGAUCGUCGGUGGUACGUGCCACUGGGGUAAACAAUUUAUAUUAAACAACAAAUCAUGCAUAUGAUGUAACACGACAGUUGAUUGUAUUUGUCAUAGAUUAAAUUAAGUAGAAUGCAUUUGGAGUGAUAUUAACUGAAAUCAUGGUAAAUAUAUAUACAUUGCGUUGAA